UGGCUGUAGAAACAAGGGGAACGCCUUCGCUUUAUUGACGCUUUAUUGACGCUCUCGGGCUCCCGUAGAUGUGUCAUGAGGAAACACGGUAACGCAACUGAACGCAACGUCAGUGCUGCUUUACGAGACCUCCUUUUAUGUUCAAUGAGGUAAAAUAAUAAUAAAACAACAACAAUGACGACUGGAGCAGACCACCGCUGCAUCUUUACUUGGAGCCCAGAUGAUGAAGCUCUGGUCGGACUGAGAGAAGUGAACUCAGUCCUGAAGCAGCCUGUCAACACUGAGCCAGCCUCAGACGAGUUGGAGGACAGAUCUCCAGAGGAUGAGAGACAGCGGGAGUCCAGUCUGGUCAGAGAGGUGUCAGACAAGAUGCUCUGUUCAGCCUGCAAAUGCCUCUUUAUUAGUCGAGAGGAACAGACGGAGCACUACAAGCUGGACUGGCAUCGCUUCAACUUGAGACUAAAGAUUUCAGGAAUGCCACCAGUCACAGCGGAGGAGUUUGAGAGGAAGACUGGAGCUGGAGACAUGUCGAGUAUCUCAGGCUCAGAGUCCGACUCAGAUGAAGAAGACUCGGAUAGUGAGAGCGGGGGAACAAGCAGCAACGUCACUGGCACUGAUAACGAGAGCUCAGUGGAAACCAGUUUAUUUACUGGCCGGCCCUCCAGCAAGGUGGUUUUCCAGAACUCAGCCGGACAAUAUCUGUGGGUGUAUCGCUGCAUUCUGCAGGGACAGUUAGAUGACGACGCAGGAUCCUCCCUGAAGGCCAUUUGUAAGAACACGGUGUGGAUCGUUCUCAUGACGGGUGGAGGACACUUCGCUGGUGCAGUAUUCCAGGGAAAAGAAGUCCUUCAGCACAAGACCUUCCACCGAUACACGGUGCGAGCGAAGCGAGGCACUGCUCAAGGACUCCGAGACUCUCAGAACCGCAGCCACACGCCCAAGUCUGCAGGAGCUGCUCUGAGGCGACACAAUGAGGCGGCGCUCGUCAAGGACAUCCAGGAUCUUCUGGUCAGCUGGGCUGAACACUUGAAGGAGGCCUCUGCCAUAUUCCUACGAUCCCCCAGCUACAAUAAAAGCAUCUUUUUUACUGGUCGUGCAGCUCCGUUUGACAAAAAAGAUCCCAGGAUCCACACACUCCCCUUUGCCACGCGCAGGGCGACCUUUCGGGAGGCACAGAGGGUACAUGAGGUGCUUUCCACCGUCAAUGUUUAUGGGAAAGACACAGACAUGUCUGCAGUCUUAAGUCCGUCUAAGAAGGCCUGGAAAAAAUCUGUCAAACCCAAAGAGCAAAUAAAUACCAAUCAAGAGAAAGCAUCAGCAGAUGAAAACCAUGAAAGCUCUGAUGAAGGAGAGGGUGGAGAGAUCCAGCUGGAGAUGGUGGAGAUGACGAUAGGAACUCUGGACCUCAGGGAGUCUGAAAUCUAUCCAUCCAGGCACCGGAGAAGGAGGAGGAGAAAGAAGGAGGAAUCCAAGCUGGAAAAUGAGGAAUUGAUAAACACAGAAGCAGACAAUCAAGAAGAGGUAGUGUUGGAGGCUACGACAGCAGAAGACGCCCCUCAAGAGACAAAGAACAAGAGGAAGAGGAAAGCACAGAGUAAGAAACAACUGGAAGAAAACGUUGAUGAGUCGUCAGAGUAUGGCCUGAGGGAUGAAGUGUUCACAGCCUGUAAGGUUGGGGAUGUGGACGCUUUACGUAGACUCCUUCAGCUACCUGGAGACACAUCAGAGCAGUCGGAGAGCAACGCUUCCGAUAUCCCCAGUCCUCUAACUCUCCUUAAUAAGCCCAUAGACUCGUCAGGGUUCACUUUGCUGCAUGUUGCCUCAGCAGCUGCGCAAAAGGCCGUGGUAAGGCUGCUCCUGGACGAAGGAGCAGACCCGGCCUGCAGGGAUAACAAAGGGCAGACCCCGUAUAUUGUCGCCCCCGACAAAGACACAAGGAACGUCUUUCGUAAAUACAUGGGUGAGAAUCCUGACAAAUACGACUACAGCAAGGCGCAGGUCCCUGGGCCGCUAACGGCAGAGAUUGAAUCCAAAAAGACGGAGAAGAAAAAGGUACAGAAGGCACUAAAAAAACAACGAGAUAAAGAGCAGAAGGAGGAAAAGAGGAAACAAGAGUUGGAGGCAGAGGAAAAGAAGAGGUUUACAUCUCUGACUGAUCGUGAAAAGAGAGCUCUGGCAGCAGAGAGGAGGUUAGCGGACCAAGUAGCUGCAACAAAAGUCGGCAUCUCUAAUGUCAAGAGGUGCUGGACUUGUGGGGAGUCCUUGCUUGGGAAGAUCCCAUUUCAGUACCUGGAGUAUUCGUUCUGCACUCCUCGCUGUGUCCAAACACAUCGAAAAGCCAACGCUCCUCCAGGCAAGACCUAACACCCAUAUAUAUAUAUAUAUAUAUAUUUAUAUAUGUAUAUAAAUAUAUGUAUAACACCCAUGUGGAAUAUCUGAGUUGGAAGGAAGCUACCUCAUUUACACUAAAAGUGAAUUCUAAUAUGGCUGUGUCUUGCCAGGGUGCUUGUUUCAUUUUCAACUCUAAAACAUACAUUUUAAAUAUAAUUGUAUUAUGCCAGAUGAUCUCAGACAACUGGAGUCAUAUACUGUAUUGAAAUAAUGUAAUAAAGGUAUAAUUUAUUUACAGUAUCUGCAACUAUGGAAAAGGUAAAAAAAAAAAGCAAAUGCAAUAAAAAAAACUGUAAUACUGA